UGGACAGCUGACGCCACUCCGCCGCGUCCCCGGUUCUGGCUACGUGUAAUUCAGGGGAAAAAUGGCAGAUAGAAAAAAUAAUAAUGUCCCCAACAGUAGUGCGAAUUUACUGUUCAGCGCUGCUCCGGAGUUUAACUUCAACCUGCCGUUUAUGCCGGUGAGCCAGGCCACCGGGCCGGCGGUGCUGUCAGGAGGUGAGAGGAAGCAGAGACCGAGGAAAUGUUUAAAGCUCGAAACAUUUUAUUGUGAUAAUAUGGUUUAUCUGGAGAAAAUUGACAGUUAUCUGAUGCCUCCUCCCACUCAUUUUCAAGGGGCUCCGGCCUCCACCGCCGGAGCUGUGGUUCCUGCAGGUCCAAUGAUGCAGUACAACUACAACAUCUACGAACAAGUUCAGCCUCACUGGUUCUACUGCAAGCAGGUGGAGUCAAAGAGCGUCUGGUUUCCUCUGAGCAUUAUUGACUCGCUUCAGCUCGAGGAGACGUACAACUCAGUUCAACCUGACCCAGAAAAUGUGGUGGUACGCACAGACGGGGGGCGUUACGAUGUGCACCUUUAUGACCGCAUCCGCACCGCAGUCUACUGGGAGGAGGAGCCCACAGAGGUCCGGCGCUGCACCUGGUUCUAUAAGGGCGACAAGGACAGUCGCUUCGUUCCGUAUUCGGAGGAGUUUAGUGAAAAACUGGAGGCAGAAUAUAAAAAAGCUGUAUCUACUAACCAGUGGCAUCGGAGACUGGAGUUUCCAUCCGGAGAGACGAUCGUGAUGCACAAUCCAAAGGUCAUAGUGCAGUUUCAGCCCUCCUCCAUUCCAGACGAGUGGGGCACCACUCAGGACGGGCAGACGAGGCCGCGGGUGGUGAAGAGAGGGAUUGAUGAUGACCACGAUGAAGUGCCUGAUGGUGAGCUUCCCACAGUGGAUCAUCUGGUGUUUAUGGUCCACGGCAUCGGCCCUGUUUGCGACCUGAGGUUCAGGAGCAUGAUCGAGUGCGUGGAUGACUUCCGGAGCGUGUCCCUGAAGCUGCUGCACAGUCACUUUAAGAAGUCGCUGGACGAACACGCCAUCAGCCGGGUGGAGUUCCUUCCUGUCCAGUGGCACACGGCUCUGCAUGGCGAUGCCACGGGGGUAGACAGGAGGAUAAAAAAGAUCACCCUACCCAGCACCGGACGUUUGCGUCACUUUACAAACGAGACUCUGCUGGACGUCCUUUUCUACAACAGUCCAACUUACUGCCAGACCAUCAUGGACACCGUAGCUCUGGAGAUCAACCGGCUCUACGCUCUGUUUAUGAAGAGGAACCCCGACUACAGGGGAGGAAUAUCAGUGGCCGGACACAGCUUGGGAUCUCUGAUUCUCUUCGAUCUGCUCUCCAAUCAGAAAACCGUCUCGCCAGCGCUGAUGAUGCCACCCAUGCCUGCUACUAACGGAGAUGCCAAACAGGUGAUGGCUCCUACGUCACAGACGGACAGCGCUGUCAGUCCUGCUGCUGGGGAGGAGCCGGCCAAAGAGGACGAGGAAGAGUUUGAGGACCUCGCCGCCAUGCUGCAACAUCUGGGGCUCUCUGAAUACAAGAGCAUCUUUGAUCAGGAGAAGAUUGACGAAGAAUCCUUCCUCAUGUGCACGAUGGAGGACCUGAAAGAGAUGGACAUCCCACUGGGUCCUCGGAAGAAAAUGGCCAAGUUUGUGAAGGAGCGGUUGAGCAGACAGGCUGCACGCCAAGCUGCCCAAGAGAAGAAAGCAGAGAUGAAGGAGGGUCAGGCUGCGGUGCCUCAGCCAGCGUCUGAAGAUCCUGCUGGAAGCGCCGCACCGAAGCCACCGGCGGCCGGCUCCGUCUCCUCUGUCCACGUCAACUACAACUACUUUGAAGUUGGAACUGGACAAGUUUCUGUGAUCUACCACAGCCUGGACUUUGAGCCGGUGAACUUCUUCGCUCUGGGUUCUCCAAUCGGUAUGUUCCUGACGGUCAGAGGGCUGGAGAAGAUCGACGAGACGUACCAGCUGCCCACCUGCAAGGGGUUCUUCAACAUCUAUCACCCGUUGGACCCGGUGGCGUACAGAAUCGAGCCCAUGAUCGUCCCAGACCUGGACCUGAAACCCGUUCUAAUCCCACACUACAAAGGAAGGAAGAGGCUUCAUCUCGAGCUGAAGGAGAGCCUCUCCAGGAUGGGCUCAGACCUGAAGCAGGGCGUCAUCAGCUCCCUGAGGAGCGCCUGGCAGACGCUCAACGAGUUCGCUCGGGCGCACACCUCAUCCACCCUGCAGGCCGAGCUGGCCAUCGUGGCCAACCAGAUCGAAGAGGAGGAGAAGCACGUGCACGAAGAGCAUAAACUCCCGGAGAGUCUUGAGCUGCAAAGAGAAGACGAGCCGCAGGUGAAGAUCGGGAUGCUGAACGGAGGGAACCGGAUCGACUACGUGCUGCAGGAGAAGCCCAUCGAGAGUUUCAACGAGUAUCUGUUUGCCCUGCAGAGUCAUCUCUGCUACUGGCAAUCCGAAGACACGGCGCUGCUUCUCCUCAAGGAGAUCUACAAAACCAUGGGGAUCCACCCUGAGCAGCCGGCCCAUUAAUGCUCCGAUUCUUCCGUCUGGUUUAAUCUGCCAUUUCAAGAAGAUUUUUUUUUUCUAUUUUUUAUCGAAGUAGUUUAUUUUACCCAGAUGAAUAAUAUGUUUGUAUUAUUCAAUGGUCUUAAAUUAAGAAACAUGAAUGAGCUGGUAGAUUCAUGUUUAUUACAUUUUAUAGCCAAUAUGCAUCUGGUGGUCGACUAGAAAUAUGUACCAUAAUGAUCAAAAGGAAUAUGAAGUUAAUGCUUGUAAGUUAUUUCAUGGACAAAUCUUCACAAUAAACUCAUCUUGCUCAAUUUUUUUUAUUGUUCAGCUUUAACUGUUGUGUUCUGCAGAGAGGAAGACAUUUUUUUAUUUUAUCUUCUCCUGUCAAGCAAGAAGACCUCAUGACAAUCUAGAAAAGCUGCAGAACAAGCAGUAAACGGUUGUAAAUAAUUACAGUACAGGAUGCAAAUGCAAGAACUACCUGAUAUAUUU